AUGGCGUGCUUGGCCUUUGCUGUGCUGGAGAUCGGCUUGAUCUGCAUCUGCAGUGGUACCUGGGCUAAAGAAAUGCCCGAGUCUUUUCAGCUCAAUGCAGAUGCUGCGCGCAUUAUCGUCUUGGCCCGACGGACUGCUUCCUGGCACGCGUUGGCUUCGUUCUAG